AUGAAUUGUUCCACAUUCCAAGUGAAACCUCUUUUUAGCCGUAUAAUGACCUUACUUACGCUCUCAGACAACCGUGUCAAGAUGAGGACUCUACUGCUCCUUCUCCUGGGAGUUGCCCUUAUUUCCUGUGAGAACGUCGAUCUCGGCACGGCUGCAACAGGUAGCGGCGGAGAGCGACGACCCAGCAGGCUGAGGAAGGCGAGGCAAGCCGGAGGAUUUCAGUUCUCUCUGACAGGGCAAGGAGGAUUUUCCCCGUCAGGAGGCAGACCUGGAGGACAAGGGCCGCCCAAUGGAUUUCCACCGGGCGCGGGAGGACCAGGCCAACUACCCGGAGGACUCGGUGCAGGGGGACAGUUUAAUUUCGGAGUGGGGCAGCCUGGAGGAGCACCUGGGGGGCAAGUUAGCGGUGGAGUUGGAGGUUCUCAGGGUGCCGGGCUGCCUAAUGGGGGUUUACUAGGCCUCGGAAACCUUUUCGGAUUGGGAGGUAAUGGUAGUGCUGGGGGCCUCUUUGGAGGGGCUGGAGGCUCUCAGGGUGCCGGGCUGCCUAAUGGGGGUAUACUAGGCCUCGGAAACCUUUUCGGAUUGGGAGGUAAUGGUAGUGCUGGGGGCCUAUUUGGAGGACAAGCCGGUGCUUCAGCAGGAGCAGGAGGAGCUGGCCAAACCCCUGGAAAAAUCGAUCUUUUUGGGGGGAUAGCUGACCUUUUCGGCGGAGGCGCAGGUGCCACACCAGGAGGUAAGCCGGGAACAGGGGGUCAAGGCCAAACCGAAGGAAGCGUUGACCUCUUUCAGGGAAUUGCUAAUCUGUUCGGCGGAGGAGCAGGAGCUUCGGUUGGAGCUUCAGCAGGAGGACCAGCAGGAGGACCAGCAGGAGGACCAGCAGGAGGAUCAGCAGCAGGCUCGGUGGGAGCAGGGCAACAAAACCAAGCCAAUGGAAAAAUUGACCUUUUCGGGGGAAUAGCAGACUUGUUCGGGGCCAGAACUGCAGAAGUUCAAACGAAUGGAAAAGGACAAGCCACUUCAAGACAAACUGACGAAGGAAAGAAUGAAAAGGCAUAA